UCGAAAUGACUUCGGACAGCGCGCUGAACUCUCAGCGCGUUUUCAGGAAAUCAUCGCCGAACAACAAGUUAACCCUGUACCUGGACUCGAGAGACUUGAUAGUAGAAAAUGGCACUAUCGACAAGAUCCAAGGGGUCCUGCACGUGGAUUCAGAUUGCUUGGAAAACAAGAAAUUAUUUGGACAAGUCACAUUAACUUUUAGAUAUGGUCGCGAAGAUGAAGAAGUGAUGGGCCUCAAGUUCUGUAACGAGGCAAUUAUGAGUCUCGCGCAGAUAUGGCCGCUGCAUUGCAACCUUGAAAAGGAACCGAACACAGCGCUACAGGAUGCACUUAUCAAAAGGCUGGGGGCAAAUGCGUUUCCGUUCCAUUUAGAGUUGACUCCGUUGGCGCCGCCGAGUGUUCAGCUCGUCCCUGCGAAACAAUAUCACGGAGCGCCUAUUGGGACAUCGUACGACGUACGAGCGUAUAUCGCGGAACGAGCAGACGAGAAAGUAUCAAGACGCAACACCGUCCGUAUGGGCAUAAGAGUACUGCAAGGUCCUGGCAAAUCAUCUGCAAUGCCGCCAGUAUUACCGCCAUCACCGCACCGCUCGCUCAGUACCCUUGCACAUCAUAAUGUACUCAGGCUGAAAAAUAAAGCUAAAUUGGACUCGGAUGAAAAAUGUCGAGCGAAAAACGAGGAAAUUGAGAACGUUGAACCUGCUCCGCCCCGAGCGACUGUCGAGAAACCUUUCCUGUUGUCUGAUGGAAGAGUGGAGUUGGAAGCCUGGCUGGACAAAGCGAUGUAUUCACACGGCGAGUCCGUAGCUGUGAGCGUGGUCAUAUCUAAUCAUUCCUCGAAAACCGUUAGAAGAAUAAAGGCGCUAGUGGUCCAGCAUGUUGACGUGUGUAUGUUCUCCAACGGGAAAUUCAAGAACGUAGUUGCAUUAGUACGUGGGACCGGAACCCCUGUAUUACCCGGGCAGACAUUUACCGACACGUACACCCUCAUUCCACACAAAGGUGUGACCAAAAAUUGGAUAGCAUUGGAGGAUUCAUACUCUAAAUCAGGAGCAAGCUUGGCUUCAACGGUUUUGUGCAAUUCUAAUUCGCCCGAAGAUCGCAACGUCUUCGCUAUUUACGUGUCAUAUUACGUCAAAGUGAAACUCACUCUCAGUGCUAUGGGCGGUGAAGUUUCAGUGAAACUGCCUUUCACACUCACACAUUCCUGUAUAAACGAAGCACCAACAGACAGCGUUACAGAAGAAGCAACGCAUAAAAUGAUUCUUGAAGGAAAAGAAAACAGUGAAGAAGAGGAUAGUAAAGCUGAAACGGUAAAAGAUAAGCAAAACAACAACGGUGUCACUGAAAGUCAAGCUACUGCAUUCGGUGAAGAGGCCGAGGUAAAGUCUCCAGAAGAUCACAGAUGUGUUGCUGAUGUCCUGGUUAAUAUAGAGAACAAAAUAUGUGAAAGGCCAAAGAAAUUCGAAGGGCAAACUGAGGUUCGAACUGCGAAACCGAACCAAGAAGAAUUAGAUCUGAUAGUAAAGUACCCAGGUUCCGAUACGUGAUCCGAUGAGGAAGUUGCUGUAAAAGGAAAGGGAGGCGAUAAGACUGAAAAGUCAAAUGAUGUGAACGACACCAAAAUUUAUAAAACGGAGGUCCAAAAUCAAAAAUAUGGUUUCACUGAGAAUUUGAAAAGAGCCGUUUGCUGCACUGUGAGGCGACAGUCGUAAUUUUAUAAAGAUAAAAUUCUUACUAUACUUUACACGCAAUCCAUUUAAUUAACAGUACUUAAUCGUUAAGCCAAAGAAAUUCAAUGUUCCAAAAAUAGUUUCAUAAAUAAAUGUAUUCUUACUAGUGACCAUAUAUUUUUGCUAACCACAAAUAUCUAGACAAAUAUAUUUCGGUGUUCUUACAUGUAAAUAUAACACUAAAAGAAAUUAGUAGUUACCUAAAUAUGAACUGAAUUGAAUUAUUAAAAAAUAUGUAAUCAUCGUAUGAGAAUAUCUCAAUUUGUCAAUUUAAAAGAGAUCUGACUAAGUAAAAUCGUAUAUUAAAGAUGUACCAAGUAAUAUAAAAACAUUUUUAAAGCGAUGUUAACAAUAUAUUCUCUACCAUUGUCAUAUAAUAUUAUAUAUUAGUAUUCAUUCGCUUGUCCUUAUUCCAUUUAAUUUGGGACAGCACCGUGUGUUUUCUCAUCCAUCUCUAGUCAUAUCCGUAGUUACCCAUGUCCACCUUACCCUUUUAGUCUAUGCCUAAAUGCCUAAAUUUUAUUUUUGUAAUGCACAUAGUUGAUUUAAUACAAAAAUAGUUUUUACAUCGCACAUGUACAGUGUGGAGGAAAAUAGAAAAUAAUUGGUAAGAUGUCUCGAAAACUUAUUUCUUCAAGACAUUAGAUAUCCGUUUUAUAGAUUGUUUUAUGUUCGCGUUGUCUCAAGUGAUACAAAAAGAAAUAUCGUCCUUUACCGCUCACUGCAUGGUAAGUCACUACAAAUCCCUCAAUUCUUUUUGGUUCAUCCUCUUGCCUUAUAACUAUCUAAACAUAUACUUUAAACUCACCUAUUAUUAUGACAUUACCAAGCUAGUCAUUAGCUUUUAAUACCUUAUUAAUUUUAAAGACAGUUAUUAAAUAGUUAAUUUGUACAUAUGCUGGUAAUAAGGCAAAGCCUGAAUAGUUUAUACGCUUAUUAAAUUAAAGUAGUGUGUCACGUAAUAUACAGCAUAUUUUAUACAUCAUUAUACAUAUUUUAUGUAUAAUGAUUUAAUCCGUAGCAAAAUUUUAAGAUUUUGAAUAAACUGCACUAUUUAAGAUAACAUUUUAUGUAAUUUAAGCAAGCAUAAGGAUAAUCGGCCUUACUUAUAAACGUUGAUUAGCGGGUGAUUAGUUAAACAAUACAUAUGUCUUCUUCUUUCGAAUGUCAAAUCAACAAUGAUAGAAAGAGCGAAAUACGUGUGUACUUUACUUUUUACUUGGUGGUAGGGCUUUGCACCCGUCUUUGUAGAUACUACCCACUCAUCACAUAGUGCGCCGCCAAACAGCAAUACUUAAUAUUGUUAUGUUUUGGUUGGACGGCUGAGUGAACCAGUGUAACUACAGGCACCAGGCAUAUCUAAGUUCUCAGCGUUGGUAGCGCAUUGGGGAUGUAAGAAAUGGUUAAUAUUUCGUACGGCGCUAAUGUUUAUGAGCGGUGGUUACCGCAUACCAUCAGGUAGCGGAUAUGUCUGUCCACCGACCUAUAUUAUAAAAAAAGGUAAAGCUGAAUUUUAUCUUUUUA